AUGGCGGACCAGAAACCGGCGAAAGGGACCCGUCCCCAGGUGAUUAUCGAUUCCGAAGCGACAUCGAGGUCUCCGCGCGCCUCAUUGAACGAGCAGAGGGACGACGACGACGACCUCCCCGCCCACCAGCGAUCUUCGGUCACCAACGUCCCCGUAACCCCAGGGAUUCACCUGUCGACAUACCACUCGCAGCACCAGAGCCCCGCCAGCCCGGCAAGUCCCAGCUACUUCACCCGGGACCCAGCACGCGCCGACCGCCGACCGCGGAGGAUCUCGGACGCUCCAAGAGUCCAGUCGCCGACCCAGAUCGAGUUUGAAGCUGGGGCCACUUCGCCGACUGAGGCCAUCAAAGGAGCUAUGUCGCACCAGGAUGUGCUCAGGCGCAUGAGCCUGUCCUCGAGGGGUCGCCGCGAGUCCAUCAGCGAUAUCAAGGCUGGAGUGCCCGAGCUGGCCUUGACUGGGAACAUUAUAUCCACCACCUUCACUCUGCCAUACUCUGUCAAGUACCGAAGCACGGGCGAGUGGGAUCUCGGAUCUAGACGCGGCCAGUCUGCCCUCUUUGACUCCUUUGCCCACCUCUCCUCAGAUGAAGCACCCUGGAAUCACACCGUCGUAGCUUGGACCGGCGAAAUCGAGACGCCAUUCGACCCCUUGUCUCCCCCCGACACCCCACCCGACACCGUAGCCUACCCCGGCGUUAACGCGCUGUCCGCGCCGGUACCUGUGGACGGCCACGCGCCUGCUACUUCGCCCGCGCAGGAUGGCCUCUGGAUCUCUCGCGCACAUCAGUCAGACCUCGAGCAGAAGCUCUCGCAUCACAAAAAGAUCAAGACAGUACCCAUCUGGCUAUCCGACGAUGAUGAGCAGACUGACGAGGGCAUCCGCCUCAAGGACCAAACCCGUUGGAGGCGGUACGCUGAGCACGAGCUCUACACCCUCUUUCACUACAAGCAGCACGAGCCUACCGACGGCAGGGAUGAGCGUGUUCAGUGGGCUGACUACUACCGCAUGAACCUCAAGUUUGCCAACAAGAUCCUCGAAAUCUACAAGCCGGGCGACAUUGUUGUCAUCCAUGACUACUAUUUGUUGUUGCUGCCAAGCAUGUUGAGGCAAAAGGCACCCAACAUGUACAUCUCAUUCUUCCUGCACUGUCCUUUCCCGAGCAGCGAGUUCCUGCGUUGUCUGCCUCGCCGAAAGGAAGUGCUCGAGGGCAUGCUAGGUGCUAACCUGGUUGGAUUCCAAUCGUACAGCUACUCGCGCCACUUCUCUAGCUGCUGCACGCGAAUCCUCGAAUUUCCCUCGGACUCCAUCGGUGUUGACGUGUAUGGUAGCCGAGUCGAGGUGGGGGUAUUUCCCAUUGGCAUUGACGUGACCAAGGCCGAGGAGAAGGCUUGGUCUCCCACCGUCAUUGAGAAGUACGAGGCUUUGAAGAAGCUCUACGAAGGCAAGAAGAUCAUUGUUGGCCGUGACCGUUUGGAUAGUGUCCGCGGUGUGGCUCAAAAAUUGAUGGCCUUUGAUAGGUUUCUGGAGCUCUACCCCGAGUGGACGGAGAAGGUCGUUCUGAUUCAGGUCACGUCCCCGACCGCUGUCGAGGAUUCGGAGGAGGCAGAGAACAAGAUCGCUAGCAGAAUCAACGAGUUGGUCAUGAAGAUCAACGGCACCUACGGCAGUCUCGGUUUCUCGCCCGUACAGCAUUACCCGCAGUAUCUGAGCCCGGACGAGUAUUUUGCGCUCUUGCGUGUGGCUGAUAUUGGCUUGAUUACCUCGGUCAGAGACGGAAUGAACACCACCAGUCUCGAGUACGUCGUAUGUCAGCGCGAUAACCACGGCCCGCUCAUCUUGUCAGAGUUCAGCGGAACUGCUGGCAGUCUCAAAGAUGCGAUUCACAUCAACCCUUGGGACCUCUCGGAUGUAGCCAAACAAAUCGACAACGCGCUCACCAUGUCACCGGAAAAACGCCUAGCCAUGCAAGACAAUCUAUUCAAGCAUGUCACCAACCACAACGUCCAAACCUGGAUCACCAAGUUCCUUCGUAAGCUUGUGGGGACAUUGGCCAACAACCGGACCGCUAUCAAGACACCACUUCUAGAUCGGACUGUCAUGUUGAAGCAGUAUCGAGAAGCUGGAAAACGACUCUUCAUGUUUGACUACGACGGAACUCUGACACCAAUCGUUAGGGAGCCUAGUGCGGCUGUUCCUUCGGAGCGUGUCAUUCAAACCUUGAAGUCGUUAGCAGCCGAUCACCGGAACGCUGUCUGGAUCAUCUCCGGGCGCGACCAGGAGUUUUUGCAGCAGCAUCUCGGCCACAUUUCUGAGCUUGGCUUCAGUGCAGAGCAUGGUAGCUUUAUUAGACACCCUGGCCAGAACACUUGGGAAAACCUAGCAGAGAAGUUCGACAUGGCAUGGCAAGAAGAAGUCAUCGCCAUCUUCCAGAAGUACACCGAUCGGGUGCAAGGUUCUUUCAUAGAGCGAAAGCGUUGCGCCUUGACGUGGCACUAUCGCCAAGCCGACCCGGAGCAAGGUGCGCAUGCUGCUCGCGAGGCUCAAAAGGAACUGGAAUCGACCGUCGCCAAGAAAUGGGACGUCGAUGUCAUGACGGGCAAAGCCAACCUCGAGGUCCGGCCAACCUUCAUCAACAAGGGUGAGAUCGCGAAACGCCUUGUCGCGGACUAUAACUCCGAAAUCUCACAUGUGGCCGGUGAUUCCAAUCCAGAGCUCGCCAAGGAGGUGACGAGCCAAGGGAAGGUUGAGUUCGUUCUUUGCAUGGGUGAUGAUUUCACGGACGAGGACAUGUUCCGAGCCCUGAAUGGUAUCAGCGGCGUUUCACUCGCCGAGGAGACCAUCUUCACCGUCACCGUUGGAGCGAGCACCAAGGUCACUCUCGCGAGGUGGCAUGUCUUGGAGCCUUCGGACGUCAUCGAGGGCAUGGCGCUACUUGCCAACGUGGGCAUCAGCGGCGAGAUGGGGGACAAUGUUCUGAGCCAGAACAACCUGGCCGCGGUAGCUGGGCUGGAGGGGAAGAUUCCGGAUGCGUGA